AUGUUCCAUCGAGUGUUAAUUCUAGUGCUCUUUGUGGUUAUAAAGUUGUCCUUCCGUUGGGAACUUGCGGCCGCCCAGCGGCGUAAUGUUGCUGACAUCGAGCUGGAUGAAGAUCAUGACGCCAUAACUCUUCAGGCUUGCUACAUUGAGGAUUUACGGAACAUCAGAGAAUAUAAUCAAAAUCCACUUGCAGUGUACAUCAACCAUUGUUAUCUGCAGGAGCUUCCCAACGCCAUAUUUAUCCGCUUUUCGGAUCUUCAAACACUCGAAAUAUGUGAUAGUAGAUUAAACAAUUUACAGGAUUUCGCUUUAAAUGGACUGAAAAAUCUCGAAGUACUUAAUUUUUCCCGAAACAAUCUGACAACGGUCAAGUCCUGGAGCGACCACGACUUGGAAAAUCUCCAAACUUUGGAUCUCAGACGAAACCUACUGAAAGGCAUUAAUGAACAGUCUUUUAAGCGUUACCCGAAUCUCACAAAAUUAAACCUGGCAGGAAAUUUAAUUUCCACUAUCCCAGAAGGAACAUUUAGAGAAGUUCCACAUUUGAAGUAUCUCAAUCUUGGCCGUAAUUUAUUGACCGCAAUAGAAGAAAGUACCCUAAAAGGCUUAAGCAAACUGUCCCAGGUGUCAUUCCACCACAAUCAAAUUGCUUUCAUUGACUUUUUUGCGUUCAUCGGAAACAGUCACCUGAAAAGUCUACAACUUCAGGAUAACCAGAUCAGCAUUUUCGAAACCGAUCUACUCUCCAAUUUGCCACGACUGACUUUCUUGAACAUUAGUCACAAUCAUCUGGAGAAUGUGGCUGAACACACUUUCAAAAAAAAUGCCGAUCUUCGACUGCUGGAUAUUAGCUACAAUCGAAUAGAAAAACUGCACGAAGAUAGCUUCAAAGGCUUAACCAGUCUAGAGGUCUUCAAUGCCAGCCAUAACCAUCUGGCGCAAUUGAACAAGUACAUCUUCAAGGACUUCUCGGCCGUCCGUACGGUUGAUCUCUCGGCCAACCGCUUGCUGUACAUCGAAAAUAAACUCUUCGAGUAUACGCCGCGGGUGGAAUGGCUGAACCUGUCCCGGAAUGCGAUCACCGAAAUCGAACUGAACAUGUUCGAAGAGACGAGCCGCCUGCAGACGCUCGAUUUGGCUCACAAUCAACUGACGAAGGAUGCCUUCGUGUGGCCGAUCGUUAAUCUGCACGCACUCAACCUGAGCCACAACCAGUUCCAGCGGAUGAACGUUUCCCUGCUGAGCAACGUCGAACUGGUCGAGCUGUACGACAACCCGUGGAGUUGUCAGUUUUUGAUUCUGGAACUGAUGAAGCAGAAUAAGAACGUCCGUUAUGCUAAGAAUUAUGUGGUUCAUUCGAAGGAUAGUAUCCUGAACACGCAGGGAAUCGAGUGCACCGAUGAGCGGGGAAAGGUGCGCGAUAUUGUGGUUGUGGAGAAUGAGGCACGAGUGGAUUAUGAUUCACCGUACCACCGCUAUAAGCUGUUUCACGAGGGCAGCGGACAUGCCGACACGCGGCCCAUCCAGGACAACUUCGACACCAAAUCCACCAUCCUGUGGUUGAUGUCCGGCGCGUUCGUGGUAUUCGGUGCUUUCAAACUGAUUCAGCUGAUUCUGCGACGGUCCGAGCACCAGAGCGAAAAGUGGCGCCUCGCACAGCACGUGAGUAUACACGAACCCGGUGACGUCAUCCUGUCGCCCAAAUCGCCAACGACCGCCGCGUCGUCGCCCAGUACGGUUGGGUUUCUCUUUCCGCCCACCCAUCCGUCCGGCCAGCGGCAGUUCACCCCGUCGAUAAGCUAA